AUGCCUCUUAAUUUAAAAACUCUUACUGUUAGAAAAAAAAAAAAGGUUCUUGAAGCAGUGAAAAACCGGAAGAGGAAGAGAGGCCCUGAUUUUUCAGACGUAGAAGAAUGUGUAGUUAAGUGGUUCAAGCAAUGCAGAGAUGCCAAUGUCAGUGUCGGAGGUCCUAUUUUAAAGGAAAAAGCAGAAAAUUUCGCAAAAUCAUUAGGCCACGAACAAUUUGAGCCCAAUAACGGGUGGCUUGAAAAUUUUAAAAAACGGCACGAUAUUUCUUUUAGAAAAGUCUGUGGUGAAAGUGUAGGUGUCAGUGAUAAUGUUGUAAAUGAAUGGAAAAUAAAUUUGAACGAAACUGCACUUUUUUACAAAUGUAUGCCAGAUAAAACUUUAACAUUCAAAAAUGAGCAAUGCAGUGGUGGUAAACAUAGCAAAGAACAACUUAAACUAUUAUUGGCUGUUAACAUGACUGGUACAGAUAAACUGAAACCUUUAAUAAUCGGAAAAUCGAGAAACCCGAGGUGUUUUACAGGUGUCAAAUCUUUUCCUGUUGACUACACAGCAAAUAAGAAAGCAUGGAUGACUAGUGAAUUGUUUGCUGAAUGGCUAUUACGAAUAAACAAACCAAUGAAAAUACAAAAACCUAUAAAAGUAAAAUUUUUACCGCCAAAUACCACAUCAAAAUCGCAACCUUUGGACCAAAGAAUUAUUAAAACGUUCAAGACGCUUUAUAGAGAAGAAAUAGUGAGGAAAAUUAUAAGUGAUAUGGAUGACGAAAAAUCUACAGUAAUCGAUAUUCUUCAUGCUAUGCGCAUUGUUGAUAAGACAUGGAGAAACGUAGCAACGUUAACAAUCGUGAACUGCUUUAAACGUGUUGAUUUGUACUUGAAUCUGGGAAAGACGACACAUUGA